AUAGUAGGUGGGCGUAACUAGGUUGGAUACUGGAGGAUAACUUUUACCUGCGGUACCUUAUAGUGCUGAGAGAGAGAGAGCUCCUUGAGUGUGCACACACUUGUUUGAUUUCCACAAUAACCUUGACUUACCUGCACAGCUCAAGAUCUACAUCUACAGACCAUUGAGCCCAUGGCUAGCCGGGUGAACCAUGACAUGCUUCAGCUCUUGCUGCCCAUGCUCUUCAUGCUGCUGAUGCCAUUUAGCUGGAGCUACAAAGACCUCAGUCCAGGCUGCCGCCUUUACCCAUUUAAUGUGACCAUCCGGAGUGACCAGCAGGGGACGUGUCGAGGGGCCCACAUGGUGUAUGCCUGUGUGGGCUACUGUGAGUCCAGCGCUUUCCCCUCACGCUACUCUGUCAUGCUGGAAUCCAACUUCACACGUAACAUCACCUCCGCCUCCCGCUGCUGCACCAUCAGCAAGCUGACCAAGGUCAAACUUCGGGUGGAAUGCCCCGGAGGCUUUCACCAUGACAACAUUGAGAUCCUGUCGGCACGGGCCUGCCGCUGUGACAUGUGUCGCAAGUCCCGUUACUAAGCCUCCAUAGCAACAACAGCCUGGUCUGCUGUACAUCAUUGGAACAUAGAGCAGAGAGAGAGAGAGACAGAAAAAGAACAAGCGAAAGAGAAAGAGAGCAAGAGAGAGAGAAAUAUGACACAGACUAUACAAACACACUCAAGCACUUCAAAUAUUUAGUUUCUUUUUUUGUCUGAAUCAUCAAUUUUCCUUUUUUUCUGUUAACAUAAUGUGAAUCUUACAGUUAUUCUUUACAUUCUGUGAAUAUUCCAUGACAAACAGAUCAAUAGAAAUAGUCAAAAACUACAUUAAUUUAUUUUACUCUCAAAAAGGAAUUCUACCCCAAAAAAGGGAUUUUGGGAUCACAAGUCCUUAAACUAAAAGCAUCAAUGCAAUUUUAAUCCAUCAUUUACUUAUAUUAAAGAGAAAAACGUCUCUAUAGUUGCUCCUGGCUCAACUCUGGUGAAACAAAUGUGCUUUUUUCACAUUUGUGUAAAAUCUUCUAAUAAUACUACUCUGCCACAUCAGUCCACAUACUUUUGUACUUUCAGUUACAAUUCUGUAUUUUUCAGCUUGUCCAGAAAUGCUUGUGUAAAACAUGUCCUUUUUGAGUUGCUUAAAGCCUGAAUUACACUUUAUUACUGUAGGGGGAGCCCUAGAGCCAAAAAUGCUUUCAGGAUCCCAGGCAGAAUAAACAGUAAAACGUUCCAUUUUGAACUACAGAAAAGUACAUUUAAUCCACACUUUGAUGUAUGUUGAAUGAAUGAACAUGAACAACGAAUGUACAUACUUAAUUUAUAUGUUUGUGAGUUUAGGAUCUUUUCUUUUGCAUGAGUGCUGCUGUUUGUGAGAGAGAUUUUUUAUAAGUAUUGAUGAAAUAAAA